AUGGUGAAAAAGAACGAGCAAUGCUGCGAAGGCGAGGACGAAGACGAGGACGAGGACAUGAUUAAAGUCAAGAAGCCAGUCCGAGGCACAGAGUACCGGGUAUCGGUACAGAACAGAGGACUCUGUACUCUGUACAGACGGAGAGAAAUGGCUGCAUGUGCCUGGGCCGGUGCGCCAAGGAGAGGCCGGUUGGGAACAAAGGAAACCCCAGCGUCCCCAGCUGGACUAUUCUUGACGCAGGUGACUCGGGACAGGAUGGGUUUCGCGUUUCUGAUUCUAGAUUUCGACGCUGACGCGAGCACGCAAAUGGGACGCAGAGCACGUUUGACCUUGUCGAGCCACUGGCAGCUGAUGGCCGAGGAAUCCACCACGGCCGUGUGUCGCGCGUCCUUCCCCUUCCCCGUCUUUUGCUGCUAUUUCCAGAUACCAGCUCGGGAUCCCUGA